GGGGUAGAGACAGAGCUGGAGGUAAACAGAGGGAGAGAUCUCAGAGAGAUCUACAUAAAAGGCCUGCAGGCGAAGAGAGAGAAUCACAGCAACUGAGCAAGUGAUUCAAAUCCAAUAGAAAUUAAAGAUUUAAAGGCUCCGGUUGCACUGCAUCCUGCAUGGCACGCUCAGGUGAAGACACGCUCACAGCGAUGAAUAUAGAGAGGAUUAUCGAGUGUAUCAGAGAGGAUGAUCAGAAAGGGCUGAAGGCAGAACUACAGCAAUUUAUUCGAGAGUAUGCACAGUGUUUCUUCUAUGAUUUGGAGGAGAGGGAGAGAAGAAGAAGGCUGGAGCUGGAAGAGUUCCGAAAGAAUAAAGUGCGGGAUUAUAUGUCAGACUCUGAUUCAGACUAUGAUGAAUCCAGUAACCCAGAUGUCAUUUUGAGACAGGCUCUGGCUACAGUUUUAAUCAGGUUCCUCCAGACUGAACCGCAAGGGCGUGUGCUGAAAGUAUGCCUGAGAUCCAUACGGAUUCUCUCGAGGGACAAAAAGGUUUUGGGCCCUCUGAUCACUGACAGAGCUCUUCUCACACUAGCACACCUGGGCGGCAUCACAAAUUGGGAGGAGGAGGAAAAAGAAGAAAAAGUUGAUGAUGAAGUCAACAGGAAGGAAGUCAUGAAAAUCUUCUGUAACAUUGUUUACAAUAGUGCUUGGGCACAAGAGAGAGCCAGCGAACUCAGUCUGCUCUGUGGUCUGACAGAAAAGCUAAAUAAGGAGUUUCAGUCCGUAUCUUCCCCCUGUGGUCAGUUUUACACACUCCGGUUCAUGUUUUUGCUGACGGCGUUGAGACCUGAACUCAGAGCACAGCUGAAACAAGAGGGAGGAGUGCCGCUGUUGACCACAGUGCUGGAGAAGAGUUUAUCAGUCCAGUGGAAGGAACAGUAUGAGGUCGUGCUGGAUCCUACAGCGCCUCCUAUAAGUGUGGAGGACUCACAGCAGCCUCAGGAGGCCCUGAAGAUUCUUUUUAAUAUCACACACAGCACACACACUCAAGAACCAGAAGAGGAAGAUGCAUCUCUCUAUCGCCACCUGGCUGCCGUUUUGUGUCACUGUCUGAUGGUGUCCUGUGAGAAGGAGGAAGCUUCAGAUGAAUUAAAGGGGCAUGCAGCGAAUAUGCUGUCUGCUCUCCCGUUGAGCUGUCUAGACGUUCUGGUAUCUGUGCCUCUGGGUCCAGACUCACACCAGAUGAAUGGAGCCAACAUGGACUGUGUGCACAACCUACUCAUGUACAUGGAGAGAAAACUGGGGCAGGGUGAAAAGGUCAAAGAGAGACUGACCCCUGUGCUGAACUUGCUGACCGAAUGCUCCAGAGGUCACAGAGACACAAGGCACUACCUCAGACAACAGAUUCUGCCUCCAUUAAGAGAUGCCAGCAUUAAACCUGAGGAGGGAAACACUAUGAGGAAUCGUCUGGUCAGACUGAUGACCCACCUGGAGACUGAGCUCAAACACUGCGCUGCUGACCUGCUCUUCGUGCUGUGCAAAGAGAACAUGAGGCGUUUCGUUAAGUACACUGGAUAUGGAAAUGCCGCUGGGCUCCUGGCCACUAGAGGCUUGCUAGGAGGUCAGAGGUCAAAGGCCACAUCAUCAGGCACGCAGUACUCUAGCGAUUCAGACUCGGACACCGAGGAGUACCGGCAGAUUAAAGACCGAGUGAAUCCAGUGACGGGACAGGUGGAAGAGGAGCAGCCUGAUCCGAUGGAGGGAAUGACAGAGGAGGAGAAAGAGGAGGAGGCACACCGGCUCAUCAGUCUUUUUAACAAACUCUCAAAGGAUAAUGUGAUUCAGCCGAUGGGACUGGACGAAGAGGGUCAGCUGGUGCCGCUGCCGGAGCUCAGGGACCUUUCAGUGGAGGAGAAGAAAUCAGAGGAAGAACAUGAUGACCUGGAGAAUGUGGAGUAGAACUGGCAUAGAUGUGGUGAUCAAAACUGACUAGAUAAAAUAAUAAUAUUUCAAUAUGAAAUAGUUUUAACAGCUUAUCACAUAACACCACCUAGACAUGCCCUUAAAUAUUACCUGAAUAUAUCGAAUUGAGACACUUUAUUUAAUUAGUACACAUCCGGUAAAAAGUUUGGAUCAAUAAGAUUUUUUUUUUAU